CUUUUUCUUCUUCUUCUUCUUCUUUUUCUCUAUUCUUUAAGAGCAUAUUUAUUUUACGUUGGUAAACAUGAGAAAGAUCGACCAAUCAUGGCAGAUGAUUAGUAGAAAAACUUUCUUACGACUCGUACUAUCGAUCUAUCGAAUAUUCCACAUUUCUACGUUGUUAUCUGCAGUAAUAAUUAAUCGAUUAAGUUCUCAACUAAAAUUUCUUUCAAUCGUGUUUGAAUUUGAUAGAGGGCACUUCGACAACAACGUACAGCCCUUGUUUUCGCGUAGUAAUAUCGUCGUUGCGGUGUUCGUUCUAUAUGAUGCAUAAGCCGUGACUAUGAAGAGUGAGGAGGUAGAGAAGUCGAACAGUACUAGCAGAAACGGGAGCCGGCAUUCUCGCGACAAAAUACUUUAAUCACGCGUUAUUAUUAUCGAAUGUAUUUCAUAUUAUUGAUCUUAUUAAGUUCGAUCACGCGUUGAAAGUUCGAUUUAACGAUUCGAGUCUCGUCGUUCUAUUGGAUAUCUUCCUUCCUUCCUCUCACUCCUCUCUCUCUCUCUUUCUCUCUCUCUCGUUCUCUUCCUUCACAUCUUUGGGAAAGCCGAUCGUGCGUGACGCACGUGCACGCACGUACGUCGGGUCAUCAUGCGAACGGGGGUGUGGCAGCAAGAUUCGCGAGAUUUCUUUUUCCGGCCGCUGUUAGAUGACGUAAACCGAUCGUCGUCGUCGACGAGUUUGUUUCGUUGUGUGAUGAACUAUCCAGUCGACUCAUCUCAUACCCGUUGGGAAUAAUUAUCUUUGGUGGGAGGUAGAUAAAGAUAGAAAGAGAUAGAUAGAGAGAGAGGGAGAGAGAGUGCACGAGUCAAGUGCGUCAGUGUGCAUCUAGCGUGGAUGUUUGUUUGUGAAGCACGAAGAGCGGUGCCACCUUCGAAGCAAGGCCGUGACCGUGAAGCAGAACGAAAGGUUUGAGAUCGAUCAGAUCGAAUCAAGGAACGAGAAGGAUGCUAUGAGAGAGAAAGAGAAAGAAAGAGAGAAAGAGAGAGAGACAGAUAGCCGGCCGUCAUGGAUAUCACGAGUACAAAGCUGGUGCAAUGGUUCAACGAACUCAGAUCUCGUAUAUACCUUUACUUGCACGCUCAGAACAUAGGGCCAAUAAGAGCGGAAAAUGGGGGAUCCCAAGGUGAAGACCCAUCGUCGCAUCAAUACGACGCUAGCGACGAGAGAGUGGUUUUCGUCAACGCGCCUCAUCAGCCCGCAAAAUACAAAAAUAAUCACAUCACUACGGCAAAAUACUCGAUCCUAUCGUUCAUACCUAUGUUUCUUUUCGAACAAUUUCGUCGAUACAGUAAUUGUUUCUUCCUCUUCAUCGCAAUUAUGCAGCAAAUACCAGACGUAUCGCCAACCGGACGUUACACUACUUUGGUCCCAUUGUUAUUCAUUUUGAGCGUUUCAGCGUUGAAGGAAAUCGUUGAAGAUAUCAAAAGACAUAGAGCAGACGACGAGAUAAAUAUGCGAGAAGUAGAAGUAUUAAGAGACGGACGAUGGCAAUGGAUUCAAUGGCGUAACGUUGCUGUCGGAGAUGUGGUUAAGGUUCACAACAACAAUUUCUUCCCCGCUGAUUUGAUCUUAUUAUCAUCGUCGGAGCCGCAGGGUAUGUCGUUCAUAGAAACAGCCAAUUUGGAUGGAGAAACAAAUUUGAAAAUUAGACAGGCUCACACAGAUACAGCAAUCCUUUUGGAUACAGCCGAAUUAAUGAAUUUUCGUUCAAAUAUACAGUGUGAACCGCCGAAUAGACAUUUAUAUGAAUUCCACGGAGUACUUCGAGAAACUAACAAACAGAGCGUACCUCUGGGACCUGAUCAAUUACUUCUCCGUGGCGCUAUGUUAAGAAAUACAAAAUGGAUAUUUGGUGUGGUAAUAUACACCGGUCAUGAUACUAAACUUAUGCAAAAUAAUACAACAACUGCACCAUUGAAAAGAUCUACAUUAGAUCGACUGACUAAUACACAAAUUCUCAUGCUGUUCUUUAUGUUAAUUUUGUUGUGCCUUCUUUCUGCAAUAUUCAAUGUUAUAUGGACGAAUUCUAAUAAUACAGGACUUUGGUAUUUGGGUUUAAACGAGGAAAUGACAAAGAAUUUUGUUUUCAAUCUUCUAACAUUCAUCAUACUCUACAAUAAUUUAAUACCAAUCUCACUUCAAGUUACGCUAGAAGUAGUUAGAUUUGUGCAAGCUACGUUUAUUAACAUGGAUAUUGAAAUGUAUCAUGCAGAGACAGAUACACCUGCAAUGGCUCGCACAAGUAAUCUUAAUGAGGAGCUUGGAAUGGUCAAUUAUGUGUUUACAGAUAAAACUGGUACACUCACAAAGAAUGUUAUGGAAUUUAAAAGGUGUUCUGUUGGUGGCAAAAUAUACGACUUUCCCAAUCCAACAGCCGGUAUUGAUAGUCCAGGUGUUAGUAAUAGUGAAUUAGUUAAAGAUAUUAUUGAAGGAAGGGCGAUGAAAGGUUCAUCUCGCCCUACUGAUAAAAAGAAAUAUAAUCAUUCUAUUAUACUGCAUGACUUUAUGAUAAUGUUAUCGGUUUGUCAUACAGUUAUUCCUGAAAAGAUAGAUAAUCGUAUUAUUUAUCAUGCAGCAUCUCCAGAUGAACGAGCACUAGUUGAUGGCGCACGUAAAUAUAGUUAUGUGUUCGAUACCAGAACACCUGCUUACGUGGAAAUAAUCGCCUUAGGCGAAAGACAACGAUAUGAAAUAUUAAACGUAAUAGAAUUCACGUCAGCUAGAAAGAGAAUGUCUAUAAUAGUGAGAACACCAACAGGAAAAAUUAAACUUUUAUGUAAAGGGGCCGAUUCUGUCAUUUAUGAACGAUUAAAUCCACGAUCACCGAGUGUAUCUGAAGAUGAUUUUCGCCAAACAACUUUGGAACAUUUAGAAAUAUUUGCGACCGAUGGAUUAAGAACUCUUUGUUUUGCUUCUGCCGAAGUACCUGAAAAUUUAUAUCAGAGGUGGCGUGACACUUACCAUAAUGCAUCAAUCAGUAUGACAGAUCGUGAAAGUAAACUGGACCAUGCAGCAAAUCUCAUUGAGAACAAUUUAACUUUAUUAGGAGCAACUGCUAUUGAAGAUCAAUUACAAGAUGAAGUUCCAGAAACGUUACAGGCUUUACUUCGUGCUGAUAUUAACGUUUGGGUGUUGACUGGAGAUAAACAAGAAACAGCGAUUAAUAUUGGCUAUUCCUGUAGAUUAAUCACACAUGGAAUGCCUUUGUAUAUUAUCAAUGAAACUUCUCUAGAUAAAACAAGGGAAAUCAUUGUUCAACGUUGCCAAGAUUUUGGGGAUGAUUUGAAACAUCAGAACGAAGUGGCUGUGGUAAUAGAUGGCAAUACUUUGGACUUUGCCUUGUCAUGCGACAUUAGAAUGGAUUUUUUAGAUUUGUGUUCAGCAUGCAAGGUAGUUAUUUGUUGUAGAGUUUCGCCAAUGCAAAAAGCCGAGGUUGUUGAUCUCAUAACAAACAAUAAGAAAGCAGUAACUCUUGCCAUUGGAGAUGGUGCAAAUGAUGUAGCAAUGAUUCAGAAAGCUCACAUAGGCGUUGGAAUAUCUGGUGUUGAGGGUCUACAAGCAGCCUGUGCAUCAGAUUAUUCUAUCGCACAGUUUCGUUUUCUGAAACGUCUUUUAUUCGUUCACGGUUCUUGGAAUUAUAGUAGAAUGUGUAAAUUAAUUCUAUAUUCGUUUUACAAGAAUAUUUGUUUGUAUGUAAUUGAAUUAUGGUUCGCAAUAUAUUCCGGCUGGUCUGGACAGAUUCUUUUUGAGAGAUGGUCUAUUGGUCUUUAUAAUGUUGUAUUUACGGCAGCACCUCCUCUGGCUAUGGGUCUUUUCGAUAAAGUGUGUUCAGCAGAAACUCAUUUAGCUCAUCCAGGAUUGUAUGCAACAAAAAAUACUGGAGAGUCAUCUUUUAAUAUUAAAGUAUUUUGGGUAUGGAUAAUAAAUGCCUUAAUUCACUCAUCCUUACUUUAUUGGUUGCCACUCAUGGUUCUUAAACAAGACGUCGUAUGGUCCAACGGUAAAGAUGGUGGAUAUCUUUUAUUAGGAAAUUUUGUUUAUACCUAUGUUGUAGUAACAGUUUGUGGAAAGGCUGGAUUAAUAAUAAACUCUUGGACAUGGGUCACUCAUGCAGCUACAUGGGGAUCUAUUAUACUUUGGUUUUUAUUUAUUUUUAUUUAUAGUAAUUUUUGGCCUGUAUUAAAUGUUGGAGCUGUCAUGCUGGGUAAUGACAAAAUGUUAUUUUCGUCGCCUGUCUUUUGGUUAGGUCUUAUACUUAUUCCGUCGGCAGUAUUGCUUCUUGAUGUAACUGCAAAAGCAGUAAAAAAUACAGUAUGGAAAUCUGUCACAGCAGCAGCUAGGGAAAAUGAAAUUAGAAAAUCUGAUCCUGGAGAUAUAUUCAAUGGUCAAGAUUAUAGAAGCUCAUUGACGGAGACGGCGCGGCUUCUGAAAAACGUUAAAAGUGUUUUCACCAGGCGAUCUAACGCCACUUCCAGAGCGAAUGUCGAGGUGGAGCUAUCACAAAUUAAUAGUUUGCGUCGUUUGUUAUUGCGCAUGCUGCGUGAUGCAGAUGGAUUCGCAUUCUCCCAAGAGGAAGGAGGAUCAGUGACUCAGACGGAUGUGAUCAGAGCUUAUGAUACAAAUCUUCCAAAACCAGGCGGCAUGUAAUCUUAAUAUUAUAGUUAACAAAUUGCAAGGCAUCGGCUACUUUCUUUUUAUAAGUCGGCCCGAAAGUUUUUCGAGAGCGAUAGAUAUAUAGCUUUCGACGUAUGCCCUCUACGUAACGCCCGUUUUCUGCAUUUUAUGCACGAUUUAAUUAUUCGAUCCUUUCAACGUAUUUGAUACACUUCGAAGAAAAAGUUCCAAAUCUUGAUCGAUAGUUUCAAUUAUAUCAAUAAAACUCUCUAAAAGUAUAACGAAUUUCGUUAGGCAACCUAAAUUCUUUCUAAAUCGAUAAAAUUCUAAAUGAUCGUAUACAUGUGGUAUAACGAAGGAGAAAAGAAAAGUAAAGAAAAAGUAAAAAAAAUAAAAAGAUAGAGAAAUGAACUUUUAUAUAUUAUAUAAUAUAUAUAUAUAUAUAUAUAUUAAAGUAUUUUAAAUAUUUUAGAAUUUGUUUUUUUUUUGAAAUAUUAUAUGAGAGAUAGAGAGAAAGAGAAAGAGAAAAAGAGAUAUGUAUGUAGUACGCACGUUUACAUACGUUUACGUGUAUCAAAUUUGAUUCUUUUUCUAGAAUGCAUUUCUCAGUAAACUUUUUAUGGCUAAUUCAGCUUUUAUGAUUAUUAACGUUGAGUAUAUGUUGUUUACAUCUAUGAAAAUUACUUCUCGAUUUUUGAUAAUACAAUCAAGAUACGCUUAUAAAAGGAAAAAAAAGGAAAUAAAAAGCCAAAAACGAAGAUAGAAAAAACAAAACGAUAUAAGUUAAAAGUGGACCGGCGAUACGUAAGACGGCAAUAUUAUUAAAUGAAUUUACGACUGUGAAUGUUAAAUAAUUUUAUUUAUCACCAGUCUGAACGUUAGUAUGUGAAUUUAUCCGUCGAGGAGCAUGUAUUAUCGAACAGGCUCUCUCUGGAAAGGAGUGGAUAAGAGAUGCGAAUAAAAUGAAUAAAUGAUUUGUACAUUUCCAAAAGGAUCCUUUGAUCGUAUUACGGUCGAAGAAGAAACACGUUCGACUUCGUACCAGAAAAAGACUGUUCCCUUUAUCCCUACAUACGUUACUAUAUAAUUUCUUUUUUUGUUUCUUUUUGAUUAACAUCGUACAUUUCAUUACUGUACAUACACACACUUCGUUGUUAUCUAGUCAAGAAUAUUGAUACAUGGAUCUUUUCGUUCGAGAUUCACUCUUCCAUCCAUCAACACUUUUUUUAAUUUUACGACUGAUGGUAUUAACAGAGUUAUAUGCAUAUGUAUAGUAACAAUAUUGUAUACACUAUGUUCGGAAUAAAAUGAUAAAAUAAAUGAGA